UGGCACACAGGAAAAGCAAAAUUACUUUACAAAGUGUGCUUCACUGCUUAAAUGCAGGAAACAGAAACAUAUGCUGUCUUUCAGAGAUGAUUAUCCACUUUUUAAUUGUACCAGAUAAGUAAAAGUGCCAGUUGUAUAUAUUCCUAAACACAGACUUUGGUGCUCAUGACUGAAAACACGAUCUGAACCAUGAAGCUGGAGAUACCAGAAACCUUUGAGGAUGUUGCCAUUGACUUUUCUGUGGAAGAAUGGAAGAUGCUGAGUAAAGAGGAGAAACAACAACACCGAGAGGUGAUGGUCCAGAAUUAUGAGCACAUGGUUUCAGUAGGGUAUAAUAUCCCAGUGGAACAGCUUUUACUGUUAAUUGAGAAGCCUGAUGAGUUUCCAAGUAAUGUUAAGAAGGAAGAUGGGAUAAUGCUUCCAAAAGUAAUUCCUGAACGCUCGCAAACCAUUUGCAGGUGGACUGAAUGUGAGAUUCAGAGUCAGUUGUCAUUUUCAAAACAUCAUAUGAAUUCCAAAUGCAGUGAUAAAAUAACUGUUAAAAGGCACAAGACUGCUGAUACAGGAAACCAACAUCAUAAAGGUGUGGAUUUUGACACAAGUUUCAGCCAGGAAAAUAAGCGGAAAAACAAUCUGCAAACGCGUGAAGUAAAAACAUUAUGCAGGUAUAGCAAAUGUGAAAAGAGUUUCACACUUUCAUUUAUGCUAAGUUCCCAUUAUCAUGCUAAAACCAGAGAGAGAGUAAGAAAAGGUUUCCAGUCCCAUCGCAGCCUUAACACUUUUAGAAAAUUCAGAGGAAUUAAGAAAAGGAAAAAGUGUAAGAAUAAUGUAGGCACACAGGAGGAAGUCUUCAUUGGAAGGAAGCCCCUAAAAUUUUCCACCUAUAUCAAGAGCUUCAUACAGAAGUAUAAGCCCAUGCAGGACGCAACUCUCCAUGCAGGGGAAAGACCAUAUAAAUGUGCAAGAUGUGAUAAAACUUUCAAGCACAAGGGCCACCUUGCAGCACAUAAUAAAACCUGUACUGGGGGAUUAUACAAAUGUGCCACAUGUGGCAAGACCUUUACACAGAAGUACUAUCUCCCAGUUCAUGAACGGUACCACACUGGGGAGACGCCAUUUAAAUGUGCCACUUGUGGCAAAUUUUUUAUUCAGAAACGCAGUCUUAUAGUACAUGAAAAAAUUCACGCUGGAAAUAAAGCCUUUAAAUGUGCUACAUGUGGCAAGAGUUUUGUACGGAAGGGUGAGCUCACAGUCCACGAGAAAAGCCACAGUGGAGAGAAGCCAUAUAAAUGUACAGUUUGUGGCAACAGUUUUACAUUAAAACACAGUCUUAGAAUCCAUGAGAAAAUACACAAUGGAAAUAAAUCAUAUAAAUGUGUCACAUGUGGCAAGAACUUUACUUGGAAGAGCAAUCUUACAGCUCAUGAGAAACUACACACAGGAAAUAAAUGCUUUAAAUGUGUCAUAUGUGCCAAGACUUUUACACAGGAGAAAUACCUUGCAGUCCACAAGAAGACACAUACUGGGGAGAAGCCAUAUAAAUGCACCAUAUGUGGGAAGAGUUUCAAAGUCAAGCACUAUUUCAUAAUUCAUAAUAAAAUCCACAAUGAAGAGAUGCAAUAUGUGUGUGCUACAUGUGGCAAGAGCUUUACCUUGAAGGGCAGCCUUACAGCCCAUGAGAAAAUCCAUACUGGAACUAAAUCCUAUAAAUGUGCCACAUGUGGGAAGAGUUUUACACAAAAGGGUCAGCUCACAAUCCAUGAGAGAAGCCACAGUGGGGAGAAACCAUAUAAGUGUGUAGCAUGUGGCAAAAGUUUCACACAGAAGGGUCAUCUUACAGUUCAUGAAAAGAUCCACACUGGCAAUAAAGCUUAUAAAUGUACCAUAUGUGGCAAGAAUUUUACACAGAAGGGUCAGCUUACAGUCCAUGAGAAAAGCCACAGUGGAGAGAAACCAUAUAAAUGUUCAGUUUGUGGCAAGAGUUGUACAUUAAAACACAGUCUUACAGUCCAUGAGAAGCUCCACACUGGCAGUAAGUCCUAUAAAUGUGUCACAUGUGGCAAGAGUUUUAUGUGGAAGAGCAACCUUACAGCCCAUGAAAAAACCCACUGUAAGUUUAAGCAGAAAGGCAAUGCCAGUGAAAAAAGAAGGGAAAGAUUACUGGAAUUGAAUACAUCCCGAAGCUCAAGUGAGUAUCGUCAUGCGGUAGACUCUGAUUCCCGAAUCAAAACUAGAUGAUACAUACAGAAUUACAUGUAUAUUUCAGCAUGUAUGUAUAUUUAUACAUACAUACAAAAACUCAUUCAUGUAUAUCAUGAAAAAAGGUUGAAUAAAGUGUCCAUUUCUGGCAUAGGCUGUGGAAUGGAACCAUACCUGGAAAAAGAGAGCAUUUAUACCACAAGUAUAGGCUAUGUUGUUAGUGUCCCCCCAUAGAAAGCAACAGCCCACAAAUGUUUUGUCUGGCAAACUAGAGACUUAGAGAUGUUAAUGCAGACAGUAGAUGAAACAUUACAAAACAAAGCCAGAACUUCCACAAUCAGGAUAUACAGCAAAAGUAAGAAAUGGCAUGAGAGAGACAGAUAAAUACAUGCUCAAGAAAAAUUGUCAAAUAAGAUAAUUAAUAGAAAAAGUAAUACCUAUACAAAGGAAUGAUCAUGGGGGGGGGGGGGGGUGUGUGACCAAGAAAGUGCUAUAAGAGAAAGAACAAAAACAUAAAGUAAUUAAAAUACAAAAAAAAAAGCAUGGACUCAGUAAAUCCAAAGAGAAGAAGCGCAGAAUCAAGAAAAAAGAGGCGUUACAUAUACAUCACAUGUGUGUGUGUAUGUGCGUGUGCAAAAAAGAAGGCUGUAUUAAUAAACAUCACUACCACUUCAAGAUGGAUACAUUCAAAGGCACUCAGAUGUCAGAUUAUAUAUAGAGAGAGAAUAAAAAUGACUAAAUAGAAUGCAGUACAAGUCACAUAGUUCAGUGGUAUAAAAAGCAAGACAUUGAUGUGAUAGAACAACUGAGAAGUGAAGUAGUCAUUACAGAAAACUUCCCAAUGUGAUGAGUUAAAUGCUCAAAAAAACAUGGCACAAGAUCCAGUGUAGGAGACUAAGUACAGAUGUGCCACAAAACAUGUUAGAACCACUAUCAGGAGACUCAUAUUAAAACCAGAUUAAGGUUAUGCUGUGGGAGAAAGAGCUGAGGACAAAACAAAAUUAAUAAGAAAUUAUUAACCAAGAAGAGAAUAACAUAAGGAAAAAGCUCACUUGACCUAAUAGAAUUGAUCAGAUACGUUAAUGUAGAUGAGAGGAAGAAAUUACAGAAAGUAUAAAAGACACAUGGAGUGUUAGAAGAUUGAUGAAAAGAUCAGUACAGUAAAUGGAGCUAUUAAGAGAGAGCCGUGUGUUGUAACAAAGUCAGUAGGAUAUACUACUGUGGUAUCAUGAAAGUAGAGAGUAACAAUAAAAAAGCAAGUAGAAUGCCACUGCGGUAGCACUGAUUUGAGAGAACUAUAAUACAAUUAAAAAUAAUCAUCAUUACUAUCAAAAAUACAGAAAAGGAAUAGAUCAUUGAAAAUUCUUCAAAAGAAUAAAAAAAAAGUACAUUUUUAAAACAAAUUACGAAAUGUUACACACCGCUAGCAACAGUGUGAAAAUCUCAGCACAAAAAGAAAAUGCAGAAGGUAUACACAGUAAUAUAAAGACAAUAAAUGCAAAUUAAAAAAAAUAUUAAUGAUUUGAAUAAUGUUUUAGGGGGUGGUGACAGUAGACACACACCCAAAUGGAAGAAACGAAUACAUUCUGGAGAAACCUUGCAAAGGUUUAUGUAGCAAUGACACUGACAUCAUACUUUGAGUAAAAGAGUAUGAAGUACUACACUUGAUUGCAUUGAAGUGGAGUGAAGUAACUGUCACUAAGACUUUGACAUAGUAAUGAUUUUUCUCUGGAAAACCCAAAGUCCAGACACUGUAUCUACCUUCUGGCUUAAUCUACUACCAUCUGUAUAUUGUGAUUUAGUCUUGAAUAAGAAUUAUCAAGGUAUAAACCCUGAAGUUGUCAUUAUUCUGGCUGACAUUGGGGAAAACAGUAUUCUUUGAAAAUGAACCUUCAGGCCAUCCUAAGUACUAUCAGCUAAUAAACUUGCCUUCUCAUAAUGUAUGAGUUGUGUACAUCAGUUUAUGAAAAUAGAUUCUAUGGUCAUUUAGAUAAAAACUCGGGCUUAGCAAUAGAACAAAAGAUAAAGGAACGUCAUGAAACCAACGACCAUCUCUUACAUUAAAAAAAAACUAUUGGUGGCAAAGUUGUUAAAGAAGUAAAGCAUUGUAAUCACUGAAAAACAAAAAUACUUUUGAAUCUUGUUAUUAAAACCUUAAAAAAAAAAUAUUUAUAUAUAUAUAUAUAUAUAUAUAUAUAUAUAUAUACAUAGAGCUUGUGCUUUGAUACACAAAGGUGCACUUUUUUCAGAGAAAUAACAGUCAUCUCCUAGGAUUCUUUUUAUAAUAUACUUAGUUAACCUACGCUUCAGUGUUUCCUCAGCCCAGUGGUUAAUUGAUUAAUAGCUGUAUUAUAAAAGGAUCCUGAGGACUAUUUGAAGAUGUAUUUGUAAAUUAGUAAGUAUGAAACUGGUAACCAUUCUGAUUUUAUAUUUAGUUGCUUAUAAGUUUUAAUACAUAUUUGAGGUUACUUUUUAAAUGUUUAUUCCUGUACCAUCAUUUACUAAAUAAAGCCAUAACAGAAAGCUGUAA